UGUAAGGGGCCUUCCUCCCCAAAUGUUGUCCCGUAGAGCACCUUUGGAUAGUUUCUGAAUGGAGUUAGCGCAAUUUUUCUUUAAUCGGCCGGAUCUUGUGGAAGAUUUGGAUUUUUAACUUUAAGAUUCGCCAUUUCAAGUCGGCAGAAUGCCGGAUAAGGACACGGAUAUGCCUGGAACCCUAAGGACAGUAUAGCCAGGACUGGCUUAUUCGGAAUUUCCGAUCGAACAAUUUCUUUUAUCAAGUUUACCUAUUGUGGAUGAUGGAUGGCCGUGAUUUUGGACACCCCAGAUCUGUUCACGUCCCCCCUCCUUUGCUGUCGGGAUUGUCAAUGGAGCAACACCGACUUGGAGCAGCCGCUGCAGCCGGGAGAAUACCCUCUUCCCCCGGUCACUUGGGCGCGGGGCACCCGGCGUCAAUUCACUCUGGAAAAUUCUUAUCGUCUGCCAUUAACCUACAUUCUCAUCACAGUGAUGCCUUCCCAGGUGCCUCCAGUGGCUUCCUCAGCAGCUAUGUGAGCGGUUCCAACCCUCACACCACCCCCAGUGGCCUCUCCUCCGAGCCCUCUUUCAGGCCCCCCAAUCCCUCCGCCAUUCCCAUGGCCCAGCUGUGGGCGUCCCAUGAAGGUUACUCACAUCUGCCUGGCAGUUUGUACUCCAGCCCCUACAUUCCCGUCGGCCAUAUGGAACACCCACAGCUGGGCCAGCAUGCACUCUUCGACUCACAAAAAGAAGGCUUCUACCUGCCCAGUCCCGUGGGGCAACAGUCUUUGCACUCCCAGUCCAGCCUCUCCCGCAGCCCUGGUGCCCACAUGCCCAGCUCCCUGUCCAGGGAGAAGGAGCCUCUGCCUGCCCACAAAAGCCUGAGGGACCCUGUGAGGGAGCGGGAAAUGGGGAAGGAAAAGGCCUUCAAGAUUGAGUUGGGAACCCCGCUGCAUAGGCGGGAACGGGAGAGGGAACGGGAACGUGAGAGGGAACGGGAACGGGAGAGGGAACGUGAGAGGGAACGGGAACGGGAACGGGAGAGAGAACGGGAGAGAGAACGGGAGCGUGACCGGUCCAGGGAGGAGCAGCGCCCCCACAGCGUAGUGGACCUGACGCAAGAUGUCAAGACCGAGGACGACCGGGAGCGGCACCCUCUCUCCGGGUCAGAGCGGCUAGGAAAGGGCGGCAUGGAGCACGUGUGGCCGGCCUUCCACCAGCACCCAUUUGGGCCGAGCGCGCCCGACGCCAAACCCAAGCAUCCGCUGCAGACGUCGUCGAUCAGCAACUGCAGGAGCGGUGGAAGCGGCAGCGGGCAGGGCGGUUCUUCGGCCCGGUGUGCCAGCGGAGAACCCGACCGUGACCGGGGUCUCCGUGACGACGAGAACGCUCGACCCAGCGUCGCCAGCCACCACCUCGGGAGCCACGUGGAACGACAGAAGCGGUGCGACUCGGUGUCGGGCUCUCCCGGAGGUCCCCUGCACAUGUCUUACGCCGUCCCCCCCUCCCUGCAGAGCCCGCUGUCCCACCUGCCUCCCCGGCUGGUGUCUUCUGGCACCUACCCUCCCCCUCACCACAUGCCGCCUGGCCUGUACCCCUUCUACUCGGCCGCCAAGGAGCCAGGAAAGGAACACCGAGUGAUCGCUCCCACGUAUGUGCCUUCUGUCGAGGUUUACGACGAGAGGAAAGGACCGAUCCAGAUUGCCUCGCAAGCUCGAGAUAAUAAAAACGACAAAAGCAGGGAGAGAGAGAGGGAGAGGGAGCGAGAAAGAGAGAAAGACAGGGAAAGAGAGCGGGAAAGAGAACGAGAGAGGGACCGGGAAGCCUACAGAUCAGUGCCACUGGUUGACAGGACUCAUGUUGACCACGGGCGGCCCUUGGUUAGAAAUGAGUCCCCCCCUCACUCCGACUACAAAAGAGACCUCUUGAGGGAGGAAGGCUCUGUCAUAAGGUCAAACGGUUUAGCCAUAAAACGACCCCCUCCUGCCGACAUGUGCACGAGCAAAUCCAGGCACAGCCCCGACGUCCGGGACUACUCCAGCGCCCCGUCCAGACACCCCAUUAAAAUGGACCUGGAGGCAGAGAGCCGCAGCCAGGAGCGGGAACGAGAGCGGGAGCGGACUGCCCGGCCUGCGCACCCCUUUGCGGGGAUGGACCCAGCUGCAAUGCACACAGAUCCACAUCCCCUGAAGGGCUUUGCGACUGCUGAGCCCAAAUGGAAACCUUUUGACAUGGGCAACUACGCCACCAGCCACAUGGCUGCUCUGGCUGCCCACCACGGACACGUGGGCCGCGGAGGGGACGAGGACGGGGGCAAGCGAAUGUACCUCGACCCCUCCGGCCUCCACCACAGGCCCUCCGGCAGCAGUAACAGCCCCGAGGGCCUCCAGCCGGACCCUCACCCCGCGGGCGAGGUGUCGGCCAUGCAGAGUCUCAUCAAGUACAGCGGAAACUUCCCUGGCGAGCCCGGCGCCAGGCACCCCUCUUCCUCCUCCUCCUCCUCCUCCGCCUCCUCUGGCGGUGGCAGGAGCCCGUUCGGUGGGCUCGGGAGCAUGAAGCUAGAGGCUGGCCACAGCCACAACCACGGGCACGGCCAUGGCCACGGCCCUGGACCCGGCGGCGUGUCCAAGGUACAGCACCUUCCCCCGCAGCAGCCCGGUAAGCAGCUGAAGAGGGACCCGGAGAGACCCGACAGCGCCAAGUCCUUUGGCAGAGACGCGGGCGGCGGCGGCAGCACUCAGGGGGAGGUGGAGGUCCGGCAUCCGCCUGUGGGCAUCGCUGUGGCUGUGGCGCGUCAGCGAGACAACAACAGCAAACCCAGCUCAGGACCAGGGGACCGUGAGAGGACCAUCCCUGGAGGAGGCAUCAAAAACUCGGGUCACGCUGAGGACGAUCGAGGAGAUGAACGCACACGUCACCGUGACGACCGGCUCCUAACUGGCCGCCUCGAGCGAGAACAGGAGAAGGUUUUGAGGGAGAGUAAGGAGCUGGCUGAGUACACUCAGAUGCACCCCCCAAUGGUGUCGGCCAGUGGACUCAACCCUAACCUGGUGGUGACCGGUGGGCCGGCCCUGGCUGGAACGGGGCGUUGGCCCGGCGACCCGGGCUCCCACCUGGCCUCGCACCCCUGGCUGCCACGCUCCGCCACUCCCUCCGUCUGGCUGCAGGGGUCACCUUACGGCCUGCCACCCCCCUCCAUGCACCAGGGCCUGUCCUCUGGCUACCCUCCUGCCAUGCCGGGCUCCAUCCCAGCACCGUACCAGUUUGCCCGCGAUCCCCAGUCUGGCCAGCUGAUUGUCAUUCCUGCGGAGCAUCUCUCCCAUUAUGCGGCGGAGGAGUUGAUGGAGCGCGCGCCCCCUCUGUGGCCUGCGCUGUACCCUCCGGCGGGCAGCUCCCUGCAGCACGCUCACCAGCUCCAGCUGCUCUCCCACCAGCAGCUCGUGCGCCAGCAGGAGCUCUACAUGAUCCAGCAGCAGGCCGCUCAGGUCAUGGAGAUGCAGAGGAACGCACAGUUCGUGGAGAGGCUAAAGGCCAGCGAACAAAGGGCCGACAUGGAGGACAAAGUGGACAAGAGAGGCAGUGAGGGGACCCAUAAGACGGGCCUCUCGGCCGUCUCCGCCCCGCCGCUGCACCCUCGCAAGCCGCCGCACCGCUCGCCGACGCCGUCCACCUCGUCCUACACCAAGGCCCUCACGCCGCUGCCCAUUGCCCCGUUGCCGUCCCCGUCCGUCACGACGCUCAAGUCCGAGGAGCAGCAGCACCUCAAGGCCGAGAAGCCGUUCCCGCCGCAGUCCUACUCGCACCCGUCCACCCCAGCCCCGCACCCCCACAGCCCGGUCUUGGCCUCCCCACCGCCCCCCUCGCCCAUCCGGCCCAAAGAGGAGUCUGUGGAGGUGGCUGAGAAGGAAGGACUGGAGCUACAGAAGCAGGCUUCAGCCCCCUUUCAGUCCAUGUAUCAAGAACUUCCUCCCGGCUAUCCGUACCAGCCCCUAGCCGCUCCGUUCGCCAGCCACUACCCCUACCUCCUCCAGCCGGCAGCAGCCGCGGACGCCGAUGGCCUGGCCCCGGACGUGCCUCUACCAACCGAGCCCUCGGAGUGCCUGGCAUCCUCCGCCGCCGCCGCGGCUGUGGCCUCGGCCGACGUCAAACCCCGGCACCUGUGCUCUCCGGUGGUGGUGGAGCCGCUGCAGGCCUCCCGAGAGCCGGAGACGCCGGAGAGGAAGAGCGGCGUCCCCUCCCCCAAGCAGGAGCCCCAGCUGGAGGACUGCAAGGAGGGCCUGAGCCAGGAGGGCCUGGGGGCCCUGCGCCACUCCAGGGACGCAGAAGUGGCCUCAGCAGCCGUCUGCAUGGAGGACGCCAUAGGCCCGGCGGGCCUGGAGGUCCAGGAUCGACCCAGACUGGACGAGCGCAUGGAAGGCAGCAAGGAAGCAUCUGGCGGAGGCAUUAAAGUGGAAGUGGCGGUGUCCUCGUCGUAUGGUUGCACCCCACCGUAUUCCAUCCCAGAGGCCCCGCUCCCAGAUGGCAGGCCCAAGGUGGAGGUUCCGGAGAGGUACAUCAGGCUGGCGGACUCGUCCUUCCAGCCCUCUGUGGGCCCACCUGAGGCCCGUCCUCAGGAGACCGAGCCGGUCCGUCCGUCCGAACAGGCCGCCCCCACACCAGAGCAGCUCAGCGCGGGCCGUGAGCCACAGGAGCCCGUGUCUGCGUCCGCUUCCUCCGCGUCGGCGUGUCCAGACGACGAGGCCCCGCAAUCCGACAAUCUGUUCCCCACGCACCCCUCUCCCGUGCCCCUGCAUUCAGCCCUCCCCCUCCCGGCCGGUGCCCCUGUCCUCACCAUCCUGCCCGAGGACCCCAUGGCGGGCAUGAUCGCCCUGCUGGCCGCCAGCGAGUUGCCGCAGGCCGGCUCCCUGUCCGUUCUGGCAGCUGACCGCAGUGCUGGCAUCUCCUCUCUGGAGUCGUCAGCCCUGGAGGGCAUGACCCUGCUCAGCCAGCUGGCCGAGUUGGAGAUGGAACGGCGGCAGGACGACGCAGCGCAGUCAGGCCUGGACUUCUGCGGCCUGGACAGUCUCCUCGAGGCCAGCAGGCAGAUUCUUCUGGAGGCCAUCGAGAGCCAGUCUCACAUCCAACUGCCCCGAGAACUCGACCCAAACAAGCAGUACAGCUGGAGGCAAAAGAAGGAUGAGCCAAUGUUCUCCAAGGCCUCGCUGGAGGCGAUUGAUGCCAUGGAGGUGGAGUACCGCAUCCGGCUGGCUGAGCUGCAGAAGAGGUACAAGGACAAGCAGCGGGAGCUGGGCAAGCUGCAGAGGUGGAAGGACAGCCAGGUUUUUAGGGAGAAGCACCAGCAGCAGCAGCAGCUGCUCCAGCAGCAGCAGCAGCAGGAGGAGGCCAACAGGAGCCUGGGCAGACGGGGGCCGGGGCGGCCACGCAAGCGCAAACACGGCCUCUGUGCGCUCUCGCCUCAGAGGACUACCAGCAAACCGGACGCCAAGUGCACAAAGACAGGCAGGGGACUGCACUACUCUGAGGACUCUGAAAGCGGGGAAGUUCUGAGGAAGCGGUUUCGUGCGUCCAGUCGGGAUGAAGACGAGGAGCUGGACAGCGGAGGCACGCGGGGGAAGAGGAAGCAGAAGCGGUGGAAUGACCCGGAAGCCUCGUCCAGUUACUCCCAUGAGGUGCCUAAAAAGGCCCAUAAAAAGGGCCGAGUGAGUGAGCAGGAGCAGCUGGCCACCAAGCUGGACAAGGCCUUGUCGCUCACUAAACUGGGUAAAUUCAACAAGUCCUCCUGCAGGUUUACAGACACCCCCUCAGGGAAGUCUAGGGCUAGCGGGGCCAGCGGAAGUGGCGGCAGCGGUAGCAAACGGCCCACUCUCUCGGACGCCGACUCCCGGGCAGGCCGGCCGAGCAAGUCGGGCCUGUCCAAAGACCUUGGCACCUUCGUGCACAAGUCCUCGUCCAAAGGAGGUAAAAGCAAAAUGGCCGGCAAAACAAAAAACCCUGACGCGAGCCUCAAGGGAAGAUCACAGCGGAAGGUGACUUACUCCCCGGCAAGAUCCGAAGCCAGCAGCUACUCCAACAACACUGACUCUGAGGACGACGACUCGCUGAAGGAUGGGUGGCUCCCACGCUCCAUGCUUAGCCGACCCAGUAGCUCGCGCCACCCCAUGCCGGGCAUGUCCAGAACUCCGUCCAAGAAGAAACGUUCGGCGUCGAAAAGGGCCUGCGCCUCGCCGGCAACCCUCAAAGCCAAGCAGGCGGCCAAAGACCGGAAACACAAGCACUUUGCAAUGCUGCUGCAGGAGGCAGGCGUCAGCUCCUCAGAGGACUCGUUCGACCAAGAGUAUCUCACAGAUAGGGAUGAGUAUGACGAGGAUGACUACAAGGAAGACGAGUACGAGUAUGAUCUGGACGAGAGCGAUGGGCUGUGCUCUUCCUCCUUCGAGGAGAGCGGGCUCGGGAUGCUGGCCCGCUUCGCUGCCAGCGCCAUCCCAAGUCCAGUUGUCAGCAACCCCAUGUCCCUCAUCCAGCUGGAGGCCAAGGAGAAGGCCAAGAAGAAACAGGAGAGGCAAAGCAUUCUGGGCCCUGACUUUGAUUUCACCGACUCGGAGAGUGACGGAAAAAUCCGGAAAAAGUUCCCCUCCCUGCUCCAGGGCAAGCGCUCUGCUCCAGAGCUCCCUCUGCUGCCCCCGGCCAGCGUGGUGCGCGAGGAGUCUAGCCCCAGCAAGCGCGGACGGAAGCCCAAGAAGGUCAAAUCCCCCAGGGAGUUCAGCUUGGACUUUGGGGCCGACGGCAGCGACGAUGACCGCUGGACGCGGCGGCGCAGCGAGCGCAUCUUCCUCCACGAUGCCGCCGUGGCCAAUCCCGUCUCGCCCACCAACAAGCCCCCGCCUCCCCGCCCCCCCAAAUCCAACCCUCAGAGCCCCAAGGAACUCAACAAGCCCAAGGAGAUGAAGGAGAUGAACAAGAAAAAGAAGGGUAAGGAGAGCCCGACAUGUGUGGCACCCCCUCAGCUGUCCAGUUCGCACAUAGAGAACACCCCUGUUGUGCCCGCCAGCCCCGGACGCAAGGCCAAGGUCAAGCCCAAAGCCAGAGAGCAGGUGCGCUCAGGAAAGGGUGGUGCCGUCAGCAGGCUGAUGGAAAGCAUGGCGGCCGACGAGGACUUCGAGCCCAACCAGGACAGCAGCUUCUCCGAGGACGAGAACGUAUCUGUCAACACGUCACAGCCCGAGAGGCCCUGCACACCUGCUCCGCGCAACUGCGUCAUUGACAAGGACGAGCUGCAGGAUGGCCUCCGGGUCCUCAUCCCCAUGGACGAUAAGCUGCUCUAUGCCGGCCACGUCAACACCGUCCACUCCCCUGACAUAUACAGUGUGGUGGUGGAGGGAGAGAGGGGGAACAGGCCUCACAUCUACUGCCUGGAACAGCUUCUACAAGAGGCGAUUAUCGACGUGAAGCCCCCAUCUGUGCGCUACCUGCCCCCGGGGACCCGGAUCGCCGCUCACUGGAGCCAGCAGUACCGCUGCCUGUACCCUGGCACCGUUGUUCAAGGGACUUCUGACAUGGACGAAGCAGACGACCUGAUAACAGUGGAGUUCGAUGACGGAGACACAGGCCGAAUUCCCCUGUCACACAUCCGGCUGCUUCCCCCCGAUUACAAGAUCCAGUGUGCGGAGCCGUCCCCGGCUUUACUAGUGGCCUGCACUAAGCGACGUGGUCGGAAGAUGAGCAAGGACAUUCCGGAAAGUGAAGAAACUGGCCUCAAGCCCUCGGAGGAAACCGUCCCGAAGAGCCGCGGCCGAGGGAGAAAGCCCAAGCCCAAGCCUGAUCCUGAAGUGGCUCCAAAGGAGCAUGAAAAGCCUGCUGACGUACCAGCCCCUCCGCCGGCCAAGGAGAAGGUUCUGGCGGCCCCGCGUCCUGGACCCUGUCCCCGGCCCGGUAGGAAGAGCCAGCCAGGAAGCGGUAGUGUCGCCAGCACGGCGUCCGCCAUCUCGGCACAGCCAGGCGAGAGCCAGAAGAAGCCGGCAGGAGUCAAGCCCCUGGCCAAGGCGCGUCCGCCACAGUCGGUCUACAACACGCCGAUCUACGGGAAAGUCCUCUCCGUUGACCUCUACAACGACCCGUCCACUUCCCUGGCCGUUUUCAUGUCCGGGAAAGAGGCUGGCGCCGUGGGUGGCGGCAGCAGCAUCGGGAAGGCGAAGCCGGCGAAGCGUCUGAGGAAGAGUGAGGAGCUGGCAGAGCCGGCACCUUUCGGCACUAAGGCCCAGAGGAAGCAGCCGCAGGCCGAGAUCCUCAUCAAGCUGGACCACGAGGGGGUCAUGUCACCCAAGACCAAGAAGACCAAGGCGCUGAUGUUGAUGGAGGAGCAGAAUCUAUCCAAAAGGGAGAACAAGGCUGUUCUCGGGGUGGGCUACACCACAGUCACCAGCGCCACAAGCAAUAACAAUAACAACAACAUCCCAAACAACACAUCCACCACCUCCUCCCCAGCUCUCUCCACUACCAUUAACACCGGUGAGAAAAACAACAGCAAGCUCAAGACCACACCUGAAGCCGAAGCGCCAAAGGUAGAGGGUGGGUCCAGCUACGGAGUCCGAAAAGUGAGCUGUGGCAGCGAUGGCCUGGUUAAAGUCAAGGGCUCUGGAGAGGUGGCGAAAGCAGGCGUGGACGAAGAGGAGUCUGCCAGCAGUAGCAGCAGCAGCAGCAGCAGCAGCUCGGAGUCUGAGCCCGAAGACGAGCGGUCCCCAGCCACCGCCGCUGCCGCCGUCGCCACUGCUGCCACCAAGAAGGAUAAGGUGGUGUCGAAGGUGACCGCCACCGCUGCUGCGAAGCAGGACACCAGCUCCAACAGCUCAAGGGCCUCCAGCCCCAUCUCGUCCAACACCUCCAACUCGUCCAGUUCGUCCAGCAGCAGCUCCUCGUCCUCCGCCGGCUCCAACUCUUCCUCCUCGUCCUCCACCUCGUCCACCACCGAUGAUGAAGAGGAGGAGGAGGAAGAAGAGGAGGAGUCAUGCAGCUCUGACGAGGAAGCAGCGGCCAUCCCUCAGGCCUCCCCGACCACGGCCAUGGAAGUGGCCCCCCAGGAGGAGGAGGACGACGAAGAGGAGGAGGAGGAGAAGCAGGAGGUGCCGGCCGAGGAGGCCCAGGCCCAGACCACCAAGGUCCGGAAACAGGAGCAGAGGGGUCAGGCCCAGUUGCCUCAGCAGCAGCAGAAACAGAAGGAGCCAAAGUCCCAGAAGCUCAAGCAGCAGGGGAGCGGCCGGCCCAAGAGGCGGGAAGGCAUCCACCUGCCCACCACCAAGGAGCUGGCCAAGCGCCAGAGGCUGCCCUCGGUGGAGAACCGGCCCAAGAUCUCCGCCUUCCUGCCGGCCCGCCAGCUCUGGAAGUGGUUUGGGAAGCCUACUCAGAGGCGUGGAAUGAAGGGGAAAGCAAAGAAGCUGUUCUACAAGGCGAUAGUGCGCGGCAAGGAAAUGAUCCGCAUCGGUGACUGCGCCGUGUUCCUCUCGGCCGGCAGGCCCAACCUGCCCUUCAUCGGACACAUCCAGAGCAUGUGGGAGUCCUGGGGCAACAACAUGGUGGUCCGCGUCAAAUGGUUCUACCACCCCGAAGAGACCAACCCUGGCAAGAAGCUCAACGACAAGAAGAACUGGGAUCAGAUGUCUGGAAGGAGCCUUCCCCCAGCUCUGCAGGUAUCCAACCAAAGGAAAGACUUCAUGGAGCGAGCACUCUACCAGUCCUCACACAUUGAUGAGAACGACGUGCAGACCAUCUCCCACAAGUGUCUUGUGGUCAGCCUGGAGCAGUACGAGCAGAUGAUCAAGACCAAGAAAUACCAGGACAGUGAGGACCUGUAUUACCUGGCGGGCACCUACGAGCCUACCACCGGCAUGAUCUUCAACACGGACGGCGUGCCCGUCAUCUGCUGAGCCUUGGCUAUUGAUCCGUCUCUCUCUCUCUCUCUCUCUCUCUCUCUCUGACGUGACUCUUUCGUUCUGUCUGACCCGGGCCACUCACUCUCUCUCUCUCUCUCUCUCUCUCUCUCUCUCUCUCUCUCUCUCUCUCUCUCUCUCUCUCUCUCUCUCUCUCUCUCUCUCUCUCUCUCUCUCUCUGUGCUCAAACCCCCGUACAGCUCACAGCAGCAGCGUGGAACGGGCGGGAAAUGUACACAGAUCUUUUACAAGGGCUGAGCAGGUGCUUUAACAGACACAUUACUUUUCAAUCCCCCUCCCUGAUCUGCGUAGAGCUUGGUGAGCAAUAGUGUGUGAACGACAUUGACGAGAGAGACAAUAGAAAGGUGUUCGUGUACUGCCUUCUGUGGAGCGUUGAGCGAGGACACCGGAAAUUAUUUCACUGGAUUUGACUGGUGGCUUUCGCCCAAAUUGGAUGCCUUCAGACUUUAUUUUUUAUGUUUUCAAAAAGACUUCCAUUACACUUCGUUUUGGAGUCAGUGGCAGCUCACAAUGUGUCUGUAUUGAACCCAGGCCCAGGGAGGGGCUCGGGAGAACUAAUUGGGAGGAUAUUUUUAACCCCGUUUAAUGGAGCACAAUCCGUUUCUGUUCAGACUUGGAGUAUCUAACAAGGACAAUGAAAGAAAGAAAAGCCGUUCAGCCUUUGGGAGAGUCUUUUCCGUUUGUCAUUUUGGGGAAGGGAAGAAGGAAAAGUGUGAGUGUGUGUGCACGCAGAUGUGUCGUUGACAUCGAGAUAGAGAGAGUGUGUGUGCACGCAGACGUGACGUUGACAUCGAGAUGGAGAGAGUGCGUGGGGAACGACAUCUUCAAGGUCAACUGCAUCUGCACAGCUGAGUCCUCCUAUGUCUCCAAACAUCACCAGCACGACUCAAAAUGGAGGUGACACUACUCCCAUGGGACACGCUCUCCAGGGCCAUGGGUGGCACAGACAUGCGUGUGGACGGCGGCGGUGAUGCUGGUGGAGGGGUGUUUGGCCGCCCACACACAUCCGGGUGCUCGGGGAGCAGCCUGUAGAGAGCGUGAUCCAAGCUGACAAGCCUCAUCACGCGCGGUUCUCCGGUCAGCCAUCGGAAGACAGACAUGACAUCUUUACCCAGGCCUCCAUGUUGUCCGGUGACCUCUCUGUGACGCCAUGGCGGAAAUUCCCGAGGAGGCAGGGUGUGUGUGUGUGUGUGUGUGCGUGUGUGACAUAAUGGGACUGGACAGACACACCACUGUCCGCAGUCAGACGAGAGACUACAGUCCACCGCGACUUGGAUCUGUGCUAAUGCUCCAGAUUGUCCAAUGAGAUGGCAACGCCAUUUUGAAAGGAGACAGGAGAAAAAAGAAAGGAGGGGAAUGGAGGAGGAUUUAAGAUAGAUACCCCUCUCUCUCUCUCUUCCAUCACGCUCCCUCUAUGUCUUUCCUCCCAACAUAAGACCCACGCACAGGACCUUGAAGUUCAAGCCGUCUGCUCGAGAUUUGGCUGGUGCUCCUCGCCACGCUGUUUAUUCACUGGAAAGUGUGAGUCAAUUUUCCUACGAGCUGCCCAAGAGAUCUAUACACAACAUUUACACAAGCGUUUCCUGGAGUUCGCAAGACAGAACGCUUCUCUUGGACGAGUCCGCAUCGUGCUGUUCAGAAGCAGAAGGGAUCUCAGCGAAGCUUGUAUACAUUUUGUCUGUAAAUACUCACAUACACACACUGCUAUAUAUAGUAUAAUAUAUAUAUAUAUAUAUAUAUAUAGCAGUGUGUGUACUAUAUAUAGAAUAUAUGUAGACAAAACACGUUUUAUUUUCAUGUACCAUAGAUUUAUGUGAAAUUAAAUUUUUUAAAAAAGUAAAAGAUGAAAAAAGCUUUAAUAAACUGUGAACAAAAUUCUAAAAUGAGAGCGAAAUAAAAGAAAUCAGGAACGCUGAGUUUUAGGGUAAGAUGUUACUGUAGCUAAACUCAGCUGCCCACUACAGGACUUUGGACAUGUUGUAGUAUUGCAUACGUGUAACUUUAUGGCUACAACUGAAACACAAUGGGUUUGUAGAGUCAGUAUUCAGCACCUACUCUAGUUGACAGUACUGCAGUUUUACAACAGAAAGCACUUAAGCUCUUCCCUUGGCCUUGUGUAAGACAGCCUUCCCUUGACA